CCGACGGGAAAUUAUUUUUUUAUGUUGGCUAGAGAUGAUGUUUCGCUCGCAGCGCAGACACGACUGAGCACAGCCCACAACAAAUGUUUUAUUUAAAUAAAGCAGCCCAUAGGUUAUAAAAGUUAACCUCACACCACAAAGUGUCCCUGAUGUCUUCCCAUUUUAAUAAAUGAACAUCGCUAUGUUGGCGUUUAAUUUCUGUAAUAUUUUCAACUAAUUCCAUAUCGACAGGAAAAAAGCCAAACGCAUUAGAAAAUCCAGAAUUGUCACUUCCCUCAAUUCACAACUUUUUCCCGCAGUUGGUCUUCAAAAACAGCCAGAUGUUACAGGAAAAAAAGCGGAAUCGGCAGCACUGCAGCAGACGCCUAGCAGGGUGACUUUUUUCUGAAUAAAUUGACGGCGAAAUUGAGUUCAGUUCAAGUUAUAUAUAUACUGUAUAUCGAAAUAUUAAUCAACUUCUAUUAAAUACCAUGUUUAAAGGUUUUUUCUGAGAGUCAGGCGCUAUAAACAUAUAUAAAUAUGUUUUUGAAUGAAAUUGGACAGCCUCAUAUUCUGGAUGCACAGAAAAAAUAUGGACCCUACGAUCAGCACAACGGAGCCCUUCUCAUGACGUCAACUGCAUUCAAAGAUCACCAAGUGUCCCCCACAUGGUGCAAGCGCAUCAUUGGCUCGCUGGAGAAUAUGCGUCGGCUGGAAUCAGUUCCAAAUAAUAUCAAAAACUAUACUUAUCAUGUCAUAAGACCCAACGAACCAACUAAAGUUUUCUACGAUGAAACGAAGCUUACUGUGGAGCUGUUACCAACAGGAAAAAACAAAGACGGGAUAGACAUGAGCAUGUUCUUCAUAGAUAAUGGACAAACCAGAUAUUUAAUUGUGGAUGAAUUGUCUGGCCAUCUGGAUUUUCUGAUCAAAGCCAGUGCCCUCAAGGAAGACAUUGACGUCGUGUACAUUGACGAAUUGCUGCUGGAGGAAGAACAACCCAUCAACGAAGAUCUCUAUGCUUUCGUACAGCUGAUAAGACCAAAGCACGUUUACGGGAUAAGAACCCAAGAACCCUUGCCCAAGUGGCUGCAAGAUUUAUGCGUCAACAAGGAUAUCUACGCGCGCGUACCACCCGUAUAAUUAUAGUUAACCUGUUGGUCACAAACUCCCAAAAAAAAAAACGGAUUAAAAUGCAUUUAAAACGAAUAGCCUGACAAACAGGCACCUCAAAUCUAUAUCUAAACCCCGAAUUACACUAUGAAUAAUGGCAUUAAGUUACAUUUCAUUCCCAGUUACUUUUGUUUAACUCUUAUUUUAUAAACAAUCCAAUAAAAGGGUGCUCUUUAAAUUUA